AUGACAAGGUUGACCUGCUCAUUGCUUCUUCUUACACCUCUUAAUCAUCCUUCUCUGAAGCUGCUCUUCAGAAGAUUGUUGAUGCCUUAUCAAGGGCUCAGCAGGAUUCCAUCGCUUCCGCCACCGCCGCCAUCGAUGCCUCCACUAAAGCCUUCUUUACAGGAGAGUGCAACUGCCACCAAGACCACGUUGGAACCAAUUGUUCAACAGUUGCCCACGUUUGUCUCCACGGAGUUGAAGUCCUUUGCCACACUUCGUCAAUCGCUCACUGACGACAACUCAGCCCUCCGUGCUUCCAUUGACGAGCGCCUCUCUAAACUUCAAGAGGAUUUGGCCGCUGAGAACUCGUUAAUGGAUGUCUUGGCAAAGAAGACCACUGUCCUGAAGGUCAAGAGUGCUCAACUCUCCCAUGCUCAACAGCAGAUUGACACUCUUCGGUCCGAACGAGAGAUAGCAUUGCAACUAGCCACAAACUCAGCCUUUCGAAAGCGUUUUCACUCUAUAAUUUGGAAUUCUAAGCUAGAACCACAUGAUUUUGAAAAGGAAUGGAAAUCUUGUUUAAAAGAGUUUCACAUUUCAAAUAACAAGUGGUUGCAAGAGAUGUACGGGUUGCGUAGACGUUGGGUGCAAAAAGAGAUAUCAGAUUCUGAUAACACUUGUUUCCAAAUGAGUGUUACUUCUAAUAAUUGUGUUGACACUACUAUUGUUUUGGAGAAGAAAAAGAACAUAACAACAAGGCAACCAUCAAGUCCUGUUGUUGAUGACAAACUUGAGGAAUACCAUUACGAUCGUCUUACAGAGGAUACCCAAUACAUCGUUACACACUCAACAACAGAUGGUUCAUACAAACGUACCUGCAUGCAUUUUGAACAUGUCAGAAUUUUGUGUAGGCACAUAUUUUGUGUUUUUAAGUUCUAUAGUAUUGAACAAAUUCUUGAAGAAUACAUUAUGAAACGGUGGCGUCGGGAUGUUGUUCCAACAGAAUUGCUUAAAAGGCAUCGUUGUGUUUCAUUUUUAAGCCAUGAUGCAUCGAAGUUAAAGUCAUACCUUGAAGAGUUGAAUAAGCUGAAGAAAAAAUUUGUAGAAGAUUGUCCAGCCCCUGAGAUGCCAUCAAGAGAAGCAUUCUACAACCAGAUUAUAGGCGUAGAAUUAACUAAUGAUGCUCCCGAUAUUGACAACCCAUCAGAUAUUCGUAAUAAGGGAACUGGCAGUCGUGGCAAGAGAUUAAAACCAAAAAAAGAAAUGCUGCAAAAAGUUGGUUUGAAGUCUAAGCAAAAGUGUGUUUUAUGUCAACAGAUGGCUAACCAUGAUAAACGAAAUUGUCCUCUUAAAAAACGUGUCUAA